GGGAGCCGCGCGCGGGGCCUGAGCCUGCAGGCCACGCGCGCCCCCCCGGAGCCUUCGCAGCCCCCUCAGUGUUCCCCUACCCUCUCCAGGCGAGUCCACAGGACCCUGGCCCCUGCUCCUCCUUCGCCUUCUCUUUGCUGCUUCUUUUGCUUUGUGGCCUUUCUUUCCGUCCCCAGAGCCACCUGGGAGCUGCCCAGGGCUCCGGGGCGCGCCGAGGGGGCCCUGCCGGGGGUGCGCGUGAGCGGACCGCGGGGUGGCGGCGUGCGGCGGCUGGGCCCUGAGACGGCGCGUGGAAAGCCGUCCCGCCCCUUCGGGCCGAGCCCGCGUGCGGGGAGCGAGGUUCCGUCGCGGCGCCCCCCAGCCCCGGGCGUGCUGAGAGUGAGUGUGCGUGAGUGUGAAGCCGCCUCGCCGCCGGGGGUGCGAGUGUCUGGGCGGAACGCAGCCACUCGGGCAGCGCAGCCCCAAUGGCCACGCUCUCGGGGGCCUUCGGCGCCAGCCUGGCCUCCUUUCGCCAACUUAGGCGAGUCUGAAGAGGGGCGAACGACUCCGCGCUCGCUCGCCCCACCCCCUCGCAGCGGGGCCGCCCUGACCACAGCCCUGGGAGCACCGCUCACCGCCGCGGCCCCCGGGUGGGGAGGGUUGGCCUCUGAACUCGCUCGUCCAGCCCAACCGCUUCUGCGGCUUCUCCCAGCCCUCGGGGCCGUCCUGAGCGGCCUGGCGAGGCGUCGAGCGUGGCCCCAGCUCCCGCCUCCUCGCCUGCCCCAGCCCUGGGAGGGAGCUUUCGGCCCAUGCAGACCCGGGGUCCCUCCGCGGCCUAGGGCAGGCAGCUCCGGGGGCCUGGCCAACCCCGUGGCCCCCGGGACAACCCGGAGCGCGCGCCCUUGGAUGAGGUCCCGCAGCGACGCCCCGGCCCGCCCCGCUCCUCCUCCUGCCCGGCCAAGCUGCCUCCCAUUUGGGGAGUUUUGUGGUCUUUCUUUCUCCUCCUCCAACCUCCGGGGAGGCCACGACUCAGGCGCCGCAGCCGGGGGCCGCCUCCAUGGUGCGGGGCGGCCGCUGCUGAAGUCAGCGAAACCGAGCCUGGCCUGGAGAAGGCCGCGCAGGAGGCCAAGGCCAUGGCCAUAGCCACGUCGGCCCAGCUGGCCCGGGCACUCUACGACAACACCGCUGAGUCCCCCCAGGAGCUGUCCUUCCGUCGAGGGGAUGUUCUACGGGUACUGCAGAGGGAGGGUGCUGGUGGGCUGGACGGCUGGUGCCUCUGCUCCCUGCAUGGCCAGCAGGGCAUUGUGCCCGCCAACAGAGUGAAGCUCCUUCCUGCUGGCCCAGCACCCCAGCCCAGCCUCACCCAGGUGCUCCCAGCCCAGCCUGGCUCACCACAUCCAGCCCCAGAGCACAGCAAUGAGGACCAGGAGGUAUAUGUGGUACCACCCCCAGCUCGGCCCUGUCCUACCUUAGGACUUCCAGCUGGCCUCUGCCCGCCCUCCCCUGAUCCCAUCUACAAGGUCCCCAGAGGGACUGGGACCCAACCAGCUGCCCCUGGAAAUGCCUUGGAGGUCUAUGACGUGCCCCCCACUGCCCUCCGAGUUCCCUCCAGUGGCCCCUAUGACUCCCCUGCCUCCUUUACCCGCCCUCUGGCCCGGGUUGCCUCACAGGCCCCUGAAGAGGAUGAAGCUCCCUAUGAUGUGCCUUUGGCCCCAAAGCCACCAUCAGAGCUGGAUUCAGAUCUGGAGUGGGAGGGGGGCCGAGAAUCAGAGCCCCCCCUCUAUGCUGCCCCCUCCAACCUGAAACGGGCAUCGGCCCUGCUCAACCUGUAUGAAGCGCCCGAGGAACUGCUAGCAGAUGGGGAAGGUGGAGGCAACGAUGAAGGCAUCUACGAUGUGCCCCUGCUCGGGCCGGAGGCACCCCCUUCUCCAGAGCCCCCAGGAGCUUCGGCCUCCAAUGACCUGGACACCUUGGGCCUGCUUCUGGCCAGAAGCCCCCCACUCCCACACAGGCCCCGUUUGCCCUCAACUGAGAGCCUGUCCCGCCGCCCUCUGCCUGCCCUGCCUCUUCCUGAGGCCCCCAGCCCUUCCCCAGCUCCCUCCCCUGCUCCUUGCCGGAAGGGUAGCAUCCAGGACCGACCUCUGCCCCCACCCCCUCCCCGCCUGCCUGGCUAUGGGGGCCCCAAGGUUGAGGGGGAUCCAGAAGGUGGGGAGUUAGAGGAUGAUCCAGCAGGACACCACAAUGAGUAUGAGGGCAUCCCGAUGGCCGAGGAGUAUGACUAUGUCCACCUGAAGGGCAUGGAUAAAGCUCAGGGAUCUAGGCCCCUGGACAAAGCCUUCCUAGGGGAUCCUGAACUGCUGGAGAGGGGGCCACCGGAGCAGCAGGAGGCCCUGUCCACAGGGGAGCCACUGGACCUGCCCACCGGAGAUCUACAGCUCUUGCACUUCUACGCGGGGCAAUGCCAGAGCCACUACUCAGCACUGCAGGCAGCUGUAGCAGCCCUGAUGUCCAGCACCCAGGCCAACCAGCCCCCACCCCUCUUCGUGCCCCAUGGCAAGCGGGUAGUGGUGGCCGCUCACCGCCUGGUGUUUGUUGGGGACACCCUGGGCCGGCUGGCAGCCUCUGCCCCUCUGCGAGCACAGGUCGGGGCUGCAGGUACAUCGCUGGGCCAGGCAUUGCGGGCCACUGUGCUGGCUGUCAAGGGGGCCGCCCUGGGCUACCCAUCCCGCCUUGCGGCCCAGGAGAUGACACAGCGUGUGGCGGAGCUGGCGGGGCAGGCCCUACAGUUCACCACUCUGCUCUCCAGCCUGGCCCCCUGAAGGUCCUGCUCUGCCCCUCUCCUGCCUGCCAGAGCCCCCUUUGGGGCCUUGGGCAGGAGGGCUCUGUUUUAAAACCAGGAAUGGUGAGGACGUCUCUCCCCUUCCUGUCAUCUCAGCCUCUCACAGAGAUGUCCCUCCCCCCACCCCCCACAGCUUUUUGUACGAGCCAUUUUGUAUAAGUUAUUUAUAUUUAAUAUUAUUUCCUGCUUUGUCAAGGGCAGGUGCCAGGCCCCUUGGGGCAGGGAGGAACUGGACUCUUUCCCUCAGCCUGGGCUGAAGGUUCUUGGUCACUGCACUGCCACCCACCUCUGAAAGCUUGGCCCCACAGAGAAUCAGGUGACUGAAACCUGGAGCCUCCCAGAGCCCCUUUCUUUUCCUGGUUCUUGGCUCUAGAACAUCAGCACCUUACUGUUAGCUGAGAGUGACGGCACGGUAUUGACCACCCAGAAUGUGGAGGUCUAGGAGAGGCCUCCAGGAUCCUCCCCGCAGCAGGCAGGGUGGAGCCCUGCUGUCUGGUUCCCUGACUCUGCUUCUUGGGCACCUGGGGGAGGGGCCUGGCCUAGCAUCCCUUCGGCCAAACCUGUGAAACACACACUGUGGGCGGGAUGUCUUUAGGUUUGGGGGGAGAGUUUUGCUGUUUUUUCCAAUAAUUAUUCAUUCGGUGGGUUUCACCUCCCAUGAUGUGCCAAGCAUGGUUCUGAAGGUACAUUGUGGGGGCGGGAUGGAUAUAACUGAGUCAGUUAAAAUAAGUAAAUAAAAAAAAAAAGAAUAUGUGCCACAGAUUUGACAGUUGCUGGUAAUAGAAAUGAACAGGGUGAUGUGAGGGACUAACUGGAUGAGGGAGAGGCUGUUGAAGGAGAUUUUAGAUGGGAUGGUUGGGAAUAAUAUCUGAGCUGAGGCCCCAGGGAUGAGAGAACAGAGAAGAGUCUGAGAACUAGCAUUCCUGGAAGGCAGACACUGUUACCGACUGGGGGCCUUUCCACCAAGACUUCAUUAUCAGAUGAUGUCAUUAGAGAAUUGCACGUGUGGAGAUGAUGGCCUCCCAGCCUUGAAAGGUGCCGUGCUGAAGACAUCAUCCCAGUGGAGGCCUGUCCUCAGCUUGGCACCACAGGACAGCUGUGGCCAACUGGAAAGUGCUGCUGGCUGACCUGGGCGCCCUCUGCCCAAGAAGGUCUGGCCCCUUAAAUCUCCUUUCCCAGGCCCCUGCUCACUGCCCUUGUAGAUAUACCUUCUUUUAGAGGAACCAAAGGGCAGGUGAAUGCAAUUAGUCCAUAGUCCUCAUGCUUUGGUGACAUUGAUGAGCCACGGCUUAGAUGGGGGAAUCCUCCAGCCAUUUACCACAAGGAAGACAUCCAAGCCACAAAUCCAUUGCUUCAGUUGUGCUUUUCCCAGAUGACACCUUAGCAACUGGAUUGGAGGCACCCUAAACUUCAAUCACAGUCCAAGUCUUGUGGCACCCUCUAUGCAUUUGCCUUCUCCAUUUUGGGAUCUUUCUUAUUUCACCCUUAAAGAAAAUUCAUUUCCAGAUUCUGGGGUCACCAAAAUGCACCCCUAUAUGUUGAAGACUUAUAACAGGGAUAUCUUCUAUCAUCUCCCAGUAAGAAUGUCAAGAGAUCAACCUGGAAAUUGAGUCAGAGGUUUCAGUGUGAGUCCCAGAUCUGCCAUGUAGCUGUAUGCCUAUGGGUAAACCCUGUCAGUUCCUCUGAGUCUUGCGCUUAUCUUUUUUUUUUAAGAGUGUAAAAAGUUUAAUAUCAAUAUCAAUGAUAAAUA